CGUUAUAGAUAAACAAUCGUUAUGAGAGCGUUGUUGGUAACGCUGGAAAGUACCAAAGUUGGUUAUGAAGAGAAAAUGAAUAUAAACUUUUGAUUACUUUAUUUUUAUACUAAAUAUAAAAAUGUCGCUCAGAGGAAUAGAAAGUAAGACAAGCACCUCCAUUAUCCUUAUACAGGAAGGGGUUGAAGUGAAAAGUAUUCGGGACUCAUGUGAUGCAAUACCAAGUGCUGUACAUGACAAUGUCCAUAUCACCCCUAGUUUUAUUGAGUUUCAAGAAGCUAGCGAGGGAAUUACAUGUCGUCAACGUAUCGUUAUUAAGAACACAGGCGUUAAACCAGCCUUUGUCAGACUCCGACAGCCACAAUCAAUUGUGUUCCAAGUAAAAAUAUUGAAAAAUGGGGUGAUGCUUAAUCCAGGCUUGAGUGUGUCCACAAGCGUGAUAUACUCGUUCAGGCGACCAUCUUUCUUGCGUGCAAUGAUUCCUAUUGAGAUUAAUGGGAAGACCCUCGAUUAUCGAGUAGUGUGCAAGUUAUUGGAAGAAGGCAUCAGUGUUGAACCAAAAGCAAUUGAUUUUGGAAUUAUUGAUAUUGGGUAUUCCUCUGGAAUUAAAUUAUUAACUUUGAAAAACGAAGGUGGUAAAAGCACAAGGUUCUCGAUUGAUCUUGGUAAAAAUGAUUUAGAGGUUGCAGUGAAGCCUUUACGUGGUGUUGUUAGACCUAACAGACCAUUUCAACUUACAGUUGAAUUAAUUGGUAUGAAAGAAGGCAUCUUUUACAGUGAAUUUUGGAUAAAAUCAGUUCCAAAUAUACGUAUACCUCUCAAAGUUAAUGUAAUUACACCAAGGCUGAUAGUUUAUCAUCCCAAUACGACUGGAGAUUUUACCCUAAUUGAUUUUUCUUUGACCAUAGCAAACACAAAAAAAUACGAUUCAUUGGUUUUACGAAAUGUUUCUUCACAAGUGGCCAGCUAUGUGGUACUUGGCGAAAUUGAAAACGAAGUGAAAUGCAUUCGGCGCUUUCGAAAUUCGACCAAUUGAGGGCCGUAUGGGUUCCAUGGAAGGAAUUAUUUUUGAAGUAGGAUUUACGCCGACGAGCAAGCUAUUACGAUGGCGGCAGAAAAUCAAAGAAACAACCGACAGACCAGAAAACGAUUUCAUGGCUUUCCUC